AUGACUGGUGGCACCUCACCAACACAGGUGUUUACUGGUGGCACCUCGCCAACACAGGUGUUGAGUGGUGGCACCUCACCAACACAGGUGUUUACUGGUGGCACCUCACCAACACAGGUGUUUACUGGUGGCACCUCGCCAACACAGGUGUUGAGUGGUGGCACCUCACCAACACAGGUGUUUACUGGUGGCACCUCACCAACACAGGUGUUUACUGGUGGCACCUCACCAACACAGGUGUUUACUGGUGGCACCUCACCAACACAGGUGUUUACUGGUGGCACCUCACCAACACAGGUGUUGACUGGUAACACCUCGCCAACACAGGUGUUGAAUGGUGGCACCUCGCCAACACAGGUGUUGAAUGGUGGCACCUCACCAACACAGGUGUUGACUGGUAACACCUCGCCAACACAGGUGUUGAAUGGUGGCACCUCGCCAACACAGGUGUUGAGUGGUGGCACCUCGCCAACACAGGUGUUGAGUGGUGGCACCUCGCCAACACAGGUGUUGACUGGUGGCACCUCGCCAACACAGGUGUUGAAUGGUGGCACCUCGCCAACACAGGUGUUGAAUGGUGGCACCUCACCAACACAGGUGUUGAGUGGUAACACCUCACCAACACAGGUGUUGAGUGGUAACACCUCACCAACACAGGUGUUGAGUGGUAACACCUCGCCAACACAGGUGUUGAGUGGUGGCACCUCACCAACACAGGUGUUGAGUGGUACCACCUCGCCAACACAGAAUGAAUGGCGGGUUUUUGACCUCGGGCGGCCACGCGUGUUGGCACAAGCGGAAUAUUCUGGUGUCAAGCGAGCUGACGCCUCAAGGCCGAGUUGA